AUUCAGUUUUUAAUAUUUACCAACUAAAGAUAAGAUGACUAUAAAAUAUUGUUUAUUAUUAUUUGUGUUUGCUUCUGUUGAUGGAAUGCAGAAAUGUGAUAAAGUGUUGCCUUGUAAAAAUACCGAUUGGACCAAGUUGCUUGGAUCUUGGCACCAUCUGAUGUAUAUUCCUGGCGGAAAUUCAUUUCUGACAUGCAGGAAAAUGCGGAUUAAUGAUGUCGACCUUGCCUCAAAGACCGUCAGUGUAAAUUUUAAUGACGGUGCGAAAUAUACCUGGAAUCCAAAACUUGUUCGCCACGACUUUGUUUACUUUAAAUGGGCUGAUAAUCAAGCCGUUAUUUCAACCGGAAUAAAAUCAGCAUAUGGAGGAGACUUCAAGUACUCAAGUAAAUUUGCAGCAAAGCGAAAAUCAUUGGCAAAAAGUUUAGCAGAAACGAAAUCGAAGUACACAGUGGUUUCAACAAAUAACAAAGACUAUAUCAUAUUAAUACAAUGCCAGUACGGAGUGCUUCCGAAUGUCUGGAUUUCGAUUAAAAAUAUUUACGUUGAUGACGAACGAGCUGACAUGAUACGAAACGAGCUGAUAUCAUCGGGAAUCGACGCAAGCAAUCUAAGCUUCAACGAAACCAAUUUGUGCAUGCAGUGAUCAAUGCUUCUUGUUGACGUUUCUUGUUUUGCAUUUUUGCUGCCAAUAUGUUUCUCUCUUUUUUUGAUUUAAAUAUUUUCUUACUUUUUCUUUAAUUUAUUCAGCUUUGUUUGUUCAAAACAUGAGCUCGAAAACGCUAACUUUAAAAAUAAAAUAAAAUA